AUUUAGGUAACCUUGGGAAUGCUUCCGGGAUUUCUUUCUUCAACAUGGCUGCUUCGUAAAGCAACUUGUAUGUUUCCGUUAACUACAUUCACGCAUUUUAUUGAUAGUUGUAGGUAAAUAUUUGCACAUAAACUAUUAGAGUAAGCAGUCGAUUGUCAGUCAGUAUGUUUCAAGUUAUUACCAGAAGUACCCCGGUAAUCCGGCUUCUCGCCCCCCGUGGAGCCGUGCUUGUGGAGGCUGUCCGGGGUAGGAAGACCCGCAACGACCCAAAGGCCAAAUCCAAAGAGGGGCGCAUCAAAACGCCACCCCCCGUCGACCCGGUGGAGAUGGUGGUCCUCAGGGAGAGAUUCACAGAAUAUGACCUGAUCAUGAGAGCGCUAAGGCUGGAGUUCAAGGAGGAGAUGCUGAGGAAGAGGUAUGAAGAGGAGGUGGGCUCCCUGGCGGAGGAGAGGGCGAAGCAGGAGGCGGAGGAGCACCGCUCCCUCAUGACCUGGAACCAGGAGGAGAAUCUCCGCAUGCUCAAGAUCAGGGAACUGAGAGUUCAGAAAGAGGUGGAAGCGGCUGAGGUCAAGAAGACAGAGGCAGCCAUUCUGCGAGAGCAGACCAUGGAAAUCUUUGUUAAAGAGAAGGGAGAGGAGAUAAUGCGGAUUCAGGAGGAGGCCAAGAGCUUCAUCAACAUGGAGAACCUGGACCAGCGUAUUGAGGAAGCCCUGGACAACCCUAAGAACUAUAACUUUGCCAUCGACAAAGAUGGCCGUGUGGUGAAGAGGACUGUGCUGCAGUGAGAGAGACUGAAGAUGGCUGGAAGUGUAGGGUGAAGUUGCCCCUAGACUCUGAUCUGGGUUCAGUUUAACAUUUUUCCCCCACUAUGGUUGAGGUUAGGAUUGUGGGAUUAGAAGCUGAUCCUGGAUCUAUACCUAAGGGAAAUUCCACCUUGGAGCCUGGCUGGAGGCCUCAGAGGAGACUGGUCACGACUGACUGAUCUACAAAUAACCUUGCAUCAUAAAUAACUACUCAUUAGUAUUUGUAGAUCAGUCCGUCGCAAUGCUCUGGGACACGGCCAGUGUGGCCUUUUCUCAUUUGGGAAAAAGUCUGUCCUCCACCCUCUCUCCUCUGUGACCCGGGAAACCGAUAAGUUAUUGAGAUGUCGAUUCGUUAGUAGGCAAACGGAAAAUGAUAGGCAUGUGUAGCCUACCUGAGUCCUUCACUGAACAGUUGUGAUAUCUGCCACGCCCACUUGGAAACAGCUGUUUUUUUGGUCAAAGGAGAAAAGCAUGAACACGUUAUCCUUCCUCAAAUGUCUUGUUCAACCAGGAUGUGGUUAGCUGGGGUCAUUUGUCCAAUCCCUCGCAAAUUGUGGCAUUUAUGUUAGUAAUGGGGGGGAAGGGGGAAUCGAUAGUUACGUAUCGCAAUGUUAUUUUUGAUGAUAUUACACAAAGAGUACAAAACAUUAGGAACACUUGCUCUUUCCAUGACAUAGACUGACCAGGUGAAUCCAGGUGAAAGCUAUGAUCCCUUAUUGAUGUCACCUGUUAAAUCCACUUCGAUCGGUGUAGAUGAAGGGGACGAGACGGGGUUAAAGAAGGGUUUUUAAGCCUUGAGACGGGGAUUAGAGUCAACAUGGGCCAGCAUCCCCGUGGAACGCUUUCGACACCUUGUAGAGUCCACACCCCGACGAAUUGAGUUUGUUCUGAGGACAACUCAAUAUUAGGAAGGUGUUCUUAAUGUUUUGUACACUCGGUGUAUAGCGAUACUGUCAAAGGAGACUGCCUGUACCUUCACCAAAACUCCAGUAUUGUUCAUCCUGUAGCUUUCUCUCCAUCUUUAUUUACAAUUUAUCAAAACUUGUUUUCUAAUGUCUCUCUCUUGCCUCUGCAGCAGACAUACAGUGACCAAUAUGUUUGGCAAGGUCCCUCGCUAUGGUGAUAAUAUCAUAUCGUGAGGCACCUGACAAUUCGCAAACCUAGUUUCUAUUGGACAAAUUCAGAUGGGUCCCUCCCUGUUUCAUUUGCUUCCAUUUUAUUCUGUUUGGUUCGAAUACAGCCAUGAUUUGUUAAAUACCUAUUCAAGCGUUGUAAUAUCUGUCUGCGAUGUAUUUGGGCAGGAAGUCAACCCUUGAAAAGGACAGCCUACUCUGUGUGUGUGAUGAACAGUUUCCUGGCACAAUUACCCAUGUCUCCACCAGUUUGGUUAUGGGGGGGAUUUACAGUUUAUGAAAGUGCUGUAAAACUUCACUCUAUGGACUUCAAGCUUGUAGUUCUCAUCUGUCAAGUACAUAAUGGGAACCUUAUGUAAUAAAUAAUAGUUUCUUCCUGA